GGGGCAACACUCAGGGCCUGCGUACCUAGCAGAUCAGCUACCAACUGCUUCCACCACCGCCGUCUUCCUCGUGGAAUUCCUCGACCUGCCUCCUGCAGGCUCAAGGUCUCGUCACUGCCAUCGCUCUCACUCUGGUAGGCGAGGCGGUAGUGAACGAGAAGGAAAAGGAAAAGAGGAGGGCGCGUUCCGAUAUAUACACUUUGCAAAACUCUACCUUGGCUGGAAGUCAAGCUACUGCAAGUUCGCUGCGGCAUCCUCUUCGGAACCUUCGUCAAUUGGGCCCACGUAUUUGGGCACCACUCCCGUCAACAAUCGAAUUCCUUGCCUCACUUCAUCAUCGGCUUAUAAGAUUUCCUCCGGACUGCGCGUGCCGCCAGUGACUGUUGUCGUGGGGGAGAAGUGUGGGUGAAGAUGAUGCGACGAAUCUUUCUCCUUCUGCUCUUGGUUGUCGUGUGUGUCGCGUGGUCGGCUGAAGAUUACGAGCUGUUCAAAUUGCAUGACGAGUUGGAGACAACUGAAGGACCUGGAGUCACUUUCUACGAUGUCCUCGGCGUCUCACCUCAUGCUACGGUCGACCAGAUCAGCGCUGCCCUCAAGAAGAAAUCCCGCACUCUCCAUCCUGACAAAGUCAAGCACUCCUUCAUAGCCUCACGGUCGACAACCCAGAAAAAGUCGGGCAGCAAGAAAAAGCCGGGGGUACACGUGUCGAAAGGGCCGUCCCAGCGGGAAAUCACACGCGUCGUGAAAGAUGCGCAGGAACGCUACAGUCGGCUCACUUUGAUUGGCACAAUUCUGAGAGGACCCUUGAGGGAGAGAUAUGAUUUCUUCGAAGGGCACGGCUGGCCGUCAUGGCGUGGGACAGGAUACUACUAUCAAAGAUAUCGCCCUGGGCUGGGAACUGUGUUGGUGGGACUGUUUUUGAUAGGCGGUGGAGCCGUCCACUACUUUGUCCUGACCAUGAACUACCGAAGACACCGAGAUUUUAUGGAGAGGUACAUCAGAUAUGCAAAGAAACAAGCUUGGGGCGAUGAGUCUGGCAUCAGAGGCAUUCCAGGCGUCACUGACCCGGUGGAUGUCCCUCCGACAGUCGAGGAAUCCGAUCCGAUGGCCAAUUUGAACCGUCGGCAGCGGCGAGAAAUGGAGCGGCAAAACAAAAAGGAAAAGGCCAGCAAACCUGCUUCCACGCCUACUCCCAAGGUGGUACAUCCCUCAACGCCAGACAGACGGCGCGUCACUGCAGAGAAUGGCAAGAUCCUGGUCGUUGACCCGGAAGGCAAUGUGUUCCUGGAAGAGGAGGAUGAAGACGGAAACACUCAGGAAUAUCUCCUGGAUUUGGACGAGAUCCCCAAGCCCACUGUGUGGGAUACAGCUUUUCUGCGCCUCCCCAUCUGGCUCUACCGCAAAGUCGCCAGUCCGUUUAUGAAGAAUGCGCAGCCGAUUGCUGAAGACGAGGGGGCUGCGGGAGAAAGCGAAGGACCACUUGACCCGACAGAAAAGGCCAUAGAGUCAGAGAACCCAACGGUGCAGGAUAUGAGUUCGAGCCAGAUAUCGGACUCGGGGUUUGAAAUCGUCGACACAACUGGUCUCGAAAAUUCCAAUGGGACCAAUGUCAAAAAACGAGGCAAGAAGGCUAGGAAGUGAAACAUCGUCUCUGAGGUGCAUGCGGACAUGAAAGACGAGGUAGAGCAUGUGUACACAGCAAGUGUAGAAGGGAAAUGUGUCAAUAUGCAACUUCAUGUGCCGAACAAAUAUGCCGUUUUGUAACCUAUAUGCGCUCCGCAUUUUCCGGCAUUGGUUCCGUCAAGUCAGCGGCUUCACGACAUUCAUAGCCUUAGAUUGCAACUUCACUACUGCAAUCGACCACAGGAGAGGGAAAGCAGGUCUUCCCGUUCGCUCAGACAUACUUAAGUCCUCUACCGGUCAGCGAGUACCAACGUGGGGGACCA